AUGGACAUCACAUUCUCGAGGAUGUUCUUCCUCUUUGUUUAUUUAUCCUUGCUUGCUUUUGGAAAUGGAAUUUCAGUUGAAGAGAUAUUAGAAAAAAAAAUUAGGAAAAUGAAUCAGCUUACUACCAGCCAAUCAUAUAUCAGUCUUGAUACUGAUCAAUUUAAUCUUCUAAUAAAAUCACAGCCUAGGAAUUACUCAGUUAUAUUACUUCUGACUGCCUUAAGUUCUAAUAGGAACUGUGCGCCCUGCAGACAAGCAUUUGAAGAGUUUCAAGUUGUAUCGAACUCUUGGAAGUACUCUAAGCAGCGUGAUGAUCGGUUGUUCUUCGCGAUUGCAGACUUUGACAAGGCACCUGGUGUCUUUGAGUUUCUACAUCAAGAAACUGCGCCUGCGAUUGUGUUUGUAUCACCUAAAGGAAAUAUAAAGCAAUCGGACUACAUGGAUAUUACGGUUAAUGGAUUUUCUGCUGAGGCGAUCAUGCGAUGGAUAACUGGAAUUACCCAAAUCCAGAUUCGUUUAUUCCGACCUCCAAAUUAUACUGGAACCAUGAUACUUGCCCUUUUUAUGUCCUUUGGGGCUGCGGUUUUGUACUUCCGUCGAAUCAACUUGGACUGUCUAUAUAAUCGUUCAUUAUGGAGUGCAAUAUCGUUGGGUGUUAUUUUCUGUUCUAUUUCUGGGCAAGUGUACAAUCAUAUUCGUGGACCCCCGCUUUUUCAUGCGCCACCUCCUAACGGAGAAAUUAAGGCCUUUAUAUACGAUGGUUCUGACUAUCAAUUUGUUGCAGAGACUUUUAUUGUGAUGAUUCUAUAUAUUGGUUGCUCAGGGGGAAUUCUUCUGAUGACUGAGGUUAGUUCAACUACUGAUCCAACAAAACGAAAAGUUUACACAAUAUCAGGAAUAGCCCUGUUUAUCAUAUCUAUCCACUUUAUACUGUCAGUCUUUCGAAGGAAAUAUCACGGCUAUCCAUAUGGAUUAUUUUUCAGAUAA